UGCUUUUCAACAAAACCCUCUUCGUUUGAUUCACCGAUGACGUCGAUAAGUUCCUCCGAUCAUCGCCUUCCGGUGAGCAAGAAACGAUUAAAGCCAUUGAUGUUACGAGAUUUCCUUCUUGAUGAUCUCAGCUCUUGCUUAUCCAAUGGCUUCAAAUCUUUCCCUCGUCUCCUCAACACUGAGAUCAAACGGUCAGGAAUGUUCCACCACAAUCGCCGUAUUACUUGCGGAUUAGCGUUUACUCACGCCGUUCAUAAAGCUUCGACGGCGUUACUCACCGCCGUUAAACUCUUGCCCUUUCCUUCCUCCGUUAAAUAUCCGUCUUGUAAGAGAGAUAAUAAGAAAGGACUCUUCUCAAGAAGCUUCUGGAAGAAACUUCCCCGACGUGAACUUAACGUCGACGGAGAGAACGAACGGAAAACGGAGGAUCGUGAACAAGAGAUCCAACGGUGUAGAUCAUUCGCGGAGUUUCUUCGAGAGAGUCAAGAUCAACCGUCUGAUCUGAUGUCUUGCUUUCACACGACGGAUUCAUUUUCCGGUGAAGCGACAUUGUCAAACGACGUCGUCGGUGACUCAUCGAGUUUUAGUAGUGAGAACUCGGAGGCGACUCAGUCAUCAAGCGGAGGGGAAAACGUAGUAGUAGUUAUGAGGAGUGGGGAUUGUGUAGGGUCACAUGUCAGUGACGGAUCGUCUCUCAACGACAACACAGAGGAAUGCAUGAACGAAGAAAAAGAACAACAUAGUCCAAUAUCGAUCUUAGAUUGCCCAUUCGAAGAUGAUGCAAUCACUCCUCCUUCGCAUCACAAGGAAACAGAUGAAAAGAAACUCAUGAGAAAAAGCAGAAGAUUUGAGAGUUUGGUACGACUUGAGCCUGUGGAUUUAGAGAAACGCAUAGAGCAAUAUGUGGAAAGACAAGAUUACAACUCUCACAUUAUAGAAACCGAAGGAGAUCAAUCUGAAAUCCGAGCAAACCGUUUGUUUGCUCUAGUGAAGUCUAGAAUAAUCGAGGAACGAAACCAAUUGUUGGCAUCUCAUGUAGUAGACAAUGUGUUGCUAGAUUUUUUUAAAGAAAACGGGAACAAUGAGACAAGAGACGAGGAUAAGUUGGUGAAGAUAGUUGAAGAAUGGGUGAUGAGGAAACAAGACGAAGAAUAUAUUAUGUUUAUGAGUUGGGAAGUGAGAGAGAAAAGAGAGAUUUAUACGAAGGAAAUGAAAUGGGGUUGUAUCAAUGGAGAUGAGAAAGAGUAUGUGGUUGAAGAGUUGGGGAAUGGUUUCUUCACUUCCUUGAUUGACGAACUUAUUCAUGAUUUAUCCUUGUGAAACUUUUUUUUGUUGUUUGCACAUAUUCGUUAUAUAUUGUUCUUUGUUUGACACUAUGUAAUACUCAAUUUAUGAAAUAUAGCUAUAUUGUCUUAGUAAAUGGUAUGACAUAUAUUGUCUGAAUGAGUAAUGAGUGAUUAAUGAAA